AUGCUGUUCCCACUGCAAAAGGCUCAUGAAGUUCUUAAAAAAGCAGUGAAAAAGGAAAAGGAAUCCGGGCCUGUGAAAAAAAGACCCCGGGCCAAAACCUCCAAGGGCCUCCGCUCUAAAACAAAAAUCCCCCCUGAAGAAAGGGCUCAGGCCCCGCCUUUCCCCGGGCAAAAAUCCGGGAACCCUUUUCCCCAAGGGAACCCCUGGGGAAACUAUUUUUCCACAGGGAGGAUAGAAAGUAAUGGUGCUUCGGGAUUUUCCUUUCCAGGCAUCCACCUGCAGACAACACUGCAGGGGCAAGAGGGGGAAAACGUGAGGGUUCCCCGGGGCCCCCAACCGGGCUCCCCCGAGGGCCCCAACGGGGACAGCUCCAGCCCGCCACCCCAUCCACAGGGGGCCCCUGCUGCUAGGCAGAUGCCCCUGAAGGGCCUCCGCUGCUAG